CCCAACAUGCAUUUCUCAUUCUGCACCAACAACAAACCCCCGUGUUUCCAGCUAAGGACAUUUAGUUCUGUGCUCUCUUUCGAAUGGAAACACUUAUAUAAUGAGCUGAGCAGCUCUCCUCUUCCCUAAAGCACAAUGAGCUGCUCUGUGUUGCUUCGACUGCACUAUGGGGACCUCCGCAGAGUCCUGCUGCCUAUCUGCAAAGCCCCAACGCUGCGCACACUCUGCUCUGACACUCGCCUCAGCCGCAGUCUGAGAGAGAGCUACCGUCUGCUGCAGCUGCCUGAAGAUGGAGACAGCAGCCCUGCUGAGGUUAGGGAGGCCUAUGUGCGCAUGGCCAAGUUGUACCAUCCAGACUCUGGAGCCCCAACAGCGGAUUCUGCUUUGUUCGGCCACAUAGAGGAGGCUUACAGGGCUGUAGUGGCACACAUGGCCCGGCGGGGGUCUACAUCACCGUAUGCUCAGAUGGAAGAGGAUGAAGAAGACAAGAAUAAAAGUUAUGCUCCGCAGCACAGGCAGUACCUCAGCUUUGAAGGUGUAGGCUCUGGAACACCCAGCCAGCGUGAGCGGCAGUAUCAGCAGUUCCGGAUGGACCGGGCAACAGACCAGGUCUUAGAAUAUCGACGUAAACGCAUGGAGCAGGCAGCAGCAGAAGAGGGCGCCAUGGUGACAAGAGAUGCACGUGUACGCAGCAAGCAGAUCAAGAUCACGCAGGCCAUGGAGCGCCUGGUGGAGGACCUCAUCCAAGAGUCCAUGGCCCGGGGAGACUUCCACAACCUCAGCGGCGCUGGCAAGCCACUCAGAAAAUUCGACCACAACCCCUACGCUGACCCCAUGACGCACAACCUCAACAGGAUUCUCAUUGACAACGGUUACCAGCCUGAAUGGAUAGUAACCCAGAAGGAGAUCAGAGAGACCAUUACGAAGAUGAGAGAGAGGCUACAGGAUGCCCGGUCCAGACUGGGUAUCCCCAUGAGGCAUUCCGAACAGCUCCGGUGGAAAGAGCACUGUGCCGCUUUUGCUGACGAACUGAAGAAGCUCAAUAAGAAGGUGGACAAUUUCAACCUGGUAGUACCGCUAAUGAGUUUGCAGAUGGUUCAUUUUAAUAUGACCAAGGAAGUGGAGAAAGUGCUGAAAGCUGACCAGGAGUACAGAAAACAGAAGGAGAAAGAGAGAAAGUGCAUGGAGGAGAGAGAAAAAGCAGACUUGUCUCAACAGAACGUUAGGCAAGGACUCAUCAUGUGGAUGCAGAGUCUACUCAAAUGAAAUGCUUGAAAGUGUUUUAUUACUGUAUUGCAGAUUGCAGAAUUUUGAACUGCAAUCAGCAAGCGGCACAAGUUUAACGUCAGCUCUAACAAAUGGUUGUACAAUACCAUUUGUGACGUUUCUUCUUGAACAUCACGGUCACAAAUCACUGUCGUGUAAAUAAAAGUAAUCUUUAUUUAAAAUCAA